CUCUCAAAUGGUUUCGAUAAAGAGGGCAGGCCCAUCAUCUAUAUGCGCCCUGGUCGCAAAGAUACCGAAACCAAUCCUAGGCAGUUAAGACACCUCGAGUGCAAGGACCGUGCAAAUGACUUGAUUCCCCCAGGACAAGAGUUGCUGGUUAUCCUCGUGGACUACAGGACCACGACGCCUCGCAACAACCCUUUGUCGCAAACCUCUCGCCGA